CUUUUAGCCAGCUUUUGCACACUGCCCAACUCCGAGCACCACAAAUACGGAAUGGUCGCCUUCAACAAUGCCACUCAAGGUCGUGGUGGUGAAUUUGACCUGGACCUACCUGUGAUGAACUGCAGAGAAUACUCCUUUAUCUUCUCUGUUGUAGAGCCUGAAAUUUCGGAUGUUGUUUCAGCUUUAUUUCAUACAAUUUUACUUCAUAGGACGUUGCCGACUCUUGAUUUUAAAGGAGGAGCAGUGAGCUACAAUUCCUAUCUUGGUAUAUGUGAUGUGGAUUGUAAAAGUCUUGACUUGACCUACGUAUGUAUAAACUCCAACCAACUUAUCGAAAAAGUGGCAACUUCAGUUUCAGCCUUUGUUGAAGCCAUGCAUCGUGAUAGCUGUUCAUCUAACAAUAAUGGCGAAGUUCGUGGUGCAAUUAACUUGGAGUUUGUGGUUCACAGAAAAGGGGUUUGGUUGGGACCAGAAGCCGCAACUUGGGAACGUUGGAUUGUAAAUGUGAUUCUGAAAAGCGUCAGUGCGAAUGAAAAAGAGGAUCAUCGUCGUCAAAUUAGCAGUCAACUAAGAGAUGAAUUGUGCAACAUUCUCGAACACUUCAACUCUCCCUCAGCUUAUGCUCCAUCUUUAGGUAGCUCACAAGUGGAAACAGAACACAUCAUUGACUUCUCUAUGUGCGGGAUUUCACCCUAUCGGUUUAGUAUAAAUUAUCUUUCUAAUUCAUGUCAAAGUCGUUCCGGAGUGAGUGUGACCAUGAGGCGUAUAUUUAAAGAUGCUAGACUUUGAUAUACAUUUUUAUUUUCAUAUUUUGUGUAUUAUCAAUAAUAUGUACCUAAUUUUGAUACCGAUAUUGGACUAUCAGUCAUAAGCGAUUCGGCAUUUAUAUAAAGUCGUGGGAGUCAGUUCUUUAUUUCCUAAUUCUUGUUUUUAUUUUUCGCUAUGUUUAUUACUUGAAGUUGCAUAUUAGUAUUUCUUUAAUUCUGAUUGCUGUUUUGUUAUGAUUUUGGUGAAUUUUUAUAAAAAUUGCGAUGAACCAGUUGCAGAUGUGAGUUUGACUUGCAAGUUUUUAGAUGUCUAUCCAUAACCAUAUUAAUAAUGACCUCAAAAGAUUCACCGCAUACCCUGCUAACUGCUUUCGGCUUUCUCCGCAAUACAGCAGCGUUUUCUCAAAAGCCCAGGAAAUAAUAAUAGGUAAUAUGCAAGAACUGACAAACUGUAGGAGUAAGUGUCGAGUAAUCCCAAAAGUAUGUAGCCUCUUUAUGUAAGUCAGACGGAAUACUUUCUUCGAUAGUAAUAAAACAUGUGAAAACCAACAGAGAUCAGAGGAAAAAGUUGCACCAAAAUAAUUGAUCUUCGAUACUGUGUUUAUCAAGGAACCUCCAAUGAUACAAACAUUAUGGGAUUCCAACAGGGUGUUUAGAUGCUGUUUCUGUCUCAGGCUAAAGUCAACAGUUUGACAUUUAGACAAAUUAAUCAUGAAACCAUCAGCAAUAGACUACCAUUCAAUAUGAGACAAAAGCUCAUUAAUUUUUUAGGGGGAUGUAAAGAGAAAGAAAUCGACAUACAUACACUGAUAUCUUCCUGAAAUUUAACCAAAGUGAACUACAACAAAUAAUAAGCAAUGAGGACUUCCCAUAAAAUGAAAUUGGGAGCUUGUCACACUUCCUGUUAAUAAACCAAUCCGAUUCAUCUGACCAUUUUAGAUAGAAUCCCGAGCUCCCGAUUUCGGGGAAAAUUUGACCCAUUUUGGGGAAGCCGCUAUAGUGAACUUUGGUGAGAUGGCACAAAAA